AUGUACUGGGAUCCCGCCCAGUGGCAACCAAUUAUACAAAGUCGGCAGUUUCUGUCCUGGCUAGUUAAAGUGCCAAGUGAAGAAGCUCAGGCUAAAGCUCGUCAAAUAUCGGCUCAACAGAUUAAUCGCUUAGAGGAUAUUUGGAAAGAAAACCCUCAGGCGGCAGUAGAGGACUUAGAAAAGCCUGGAGCUGAUAAGGAAGUCGGCCCAGUCCUCCUACGUUAUAAAACUUCUUUACAAUACCGCCAAACUUUCAUCCCAUUAGUGGAGAUCGAGGCGGCAUAUGACGAAAAGAUUAAAGAGUCUCUCAAGCUGGAAAAUGUUGUUGUUCGUUGGGAAACUGCUCUCAAUCGAAGGCACGUCGCUUACUUCCGCAUACCUGGCGCUAAUGAAGGCCCUGAGCUGCGUAUUAUGCAUGGAGAUGAAUUGAUCAUACGUCGCUCCAACAGUCCAGGUAACGAAUGGGACGGCGUUGGUCACGUCAUCAAGAUCCCGGACAAUUUCAGUGACGAAGUUGGUCUCGAAAUGAAGCACGUUGAUGCUAUUCCGAACGAUUCUGCUACAUACACAGUGGAGUUCAAAUGGAAAUCAACACCUUUCGAUAGGAUGAUUAGUGCAAUUUCUCUAGUGACGGAGGAUAGAUACGAGCUCUUGACACCCUACAUCUUUUAUCGUCUUUUGGGACAAGAAAUGGAUGAUAUGGUUUUGAAAUGCAACCUACCAAAACGAUAUUCUGCGCCCAAUUUACCUGAACUCAAUCAUAGUCAGGUGUUUGCAGUCAAGACUGUACUGCAGCGACCCCUCAGCUUAAUUCAAGGACCACCGGGAACCGGAAAAACAGUCACAUCCGCUUCGAUUGUGUAUCAUUUGAACCAGAUUCACCAAAAGAAAGUGUUGGUGGUCGCGCCCAGUAACACAGCUGUGGACCAGCUUUGUGAGAAGAUCAGUCGAACAGGACUCAGAGUGGUUCGGUUGUGUGCACGUUCUCGAGAAGCUCUCGCCUCUCCUGUCAGUCAGCUGAUGCUGCAUGUGCAGGCGCAAAAUGUUAAAGGUCACACUGAACUCCGCAAACUACAGCAGCUGAAGGACGAAGCGGGUGAACUCAGCCAGGCCGAUGAAAAACGCUAUCGAAUUUUGAAGCGGGAAUUGGAGCGUGAACUCCUUCUUGCCGCCGAUGUGGUUUGCUGCACUUGUGUCACAGCUGGUGAUCAACGUUUGGAGCGGCUCAGUUUUCACUCGGUAUUGAUAGAUGAAUCUACCCAAGCGACUGAACCUGAAUGCCUUAUUCCUUUGAUGGUUGGAUGUCGGCAAGUGGUCCUUGUUGGGGAUCACUGUCAAUUGGGCCCAGUGAUCACUUGCAAAAAGGCUGCUAAUGCGGGUUUGACGCAGAGCUUGUUUGAACGAUUCGUCUUGCUGGGCAUCCGACCGAUUCGAUUGCAGGUUCAGUAUCGCAUGCAUCCCGCUUUAUCAGCGUUUCCAAGUAAUGUGUUCUAUGAAGGUAGCUUACAAAAUGGUGUCACUGCCGAGGACCGUUGCAAAAAGAUCGAUUUCCCGUGGCCAAAUCCUGACCGCCCUAUGUUCUUUUACUGCACCUCUGGACAAGAAGAAAUUUCUGGCAAUGGAGUUUCUUAUCUUAAUCGGACAGAGGCUGCAACAGUGGAAAAGAUUGUCACGAAAAUGCUAAAAAUCGGAGUUCAUCCUAACACUAUCGGUGUAAUCACUCCGUACGAAGGACAACGUGCCUACUUGGCACAUUAUCUGCAUUAUUCUGGGUCUCUUAAUGCUAAGCUAUACCAAGAAAUCGAGAUCGCUAGUGUCGACGCUUUCCAAGGUCGCGAAAAGGACUACAUAAUUUUGUCUUGUGUCCGCGCCAAUGAGAAUCAGGGAAUCGGUUUUUUAAACGAUCCUCGACGACUCAACGUUGCGCUCACAAGGGCUCGUUAUGGUCUUAUCGUUGUGGGCAACCCAAAGGCACUUUGCAAACAACCGCUCUGGAAUCAGCUGCUACAUUUUUACCGCGAACAGCACCUGCUGGUUGAGGGACCUUUAAACAACUUGUCGGAAUAUAUGCUUCAAUUUCCCAAACCUAAGGUUCCAUACACUUUCAAGCCCGGUGGCCAUUACCUCGCCCAGCUCACUGCAAAUACCGCUUUACUUAAUGGGCAGCGCACGAAUGCUGGUUCAAAUUUCUUCUCACAAGCCGCUUUGAAUGCCAAUUUGCAGUCACCCACCUACCAUUCCGGUAAUACUGUUGAUCCUACCACCUUAUUGGCCGCUGUGGCCGCAGCAUAUUUCGGAGGCACAGGUGGUUCGGGCGGUUUGGGGGGGAACACUGGCUCUGUAGCUUCGAAUCAGCCUGGAGCGAGCCACGCCGCUGCAUACGCACUCGCUGCUGCUGCUGCGGCCCAACAUCAUCACACUGGUUACAAUCCGUCACUUCCCAACAACGCUAUACACCAGUUAGCCACUCAGUCACUGUUUGACCAAAUUGGUUUCAUCGGUCCGAACAGACAGUUUGCAGCUGCUGAUGCGAGUUCAAAUCUCCCAAUGCCCCUGAGUAUGCUUAUGCAAGCUGGACGUUUGCAAGGCUCAUCCAACUUUAACAUGGGCAGUGUUAUGGGCGCACCUACCAAUGGUCAAUCUAACGCUUCCAAAUUCGUUACGACAAUGGGUGUGAACACAUUCGCUCGAUCAAACGGUCAAGGAUUGAACUUCACACCUGCCAUGACUCAGUUUGGCACAAGCACCCGAGCACCUGGUGGACCACUGCCGGCGACUACUUCUUUAGGUAGUGGAGCGGCUCCAAGGUAUAUGAAUACUGUCAGUCGACGUUCCACACAGGGGAGCGGCGUCUCAAACACGUCUCUUGGGCCAAGUAAAGAUAGACAAUUGCAUCAGAACUCACUCGCAGCAGCCAGUUCUGUUGGCCUCGCGACUGCAAGUUCCGCUUUGCUUUCACAACCCGGAAUGUCUGAACUUACUGGAACACAAGGAACUGUUGGUUUUGGUCAGAUGGGCACUAGCAGCAGUCAGAGUCGUAACAUCGAAUUGUCUGGUUUAUCCCAAGACCUGUGGGGUUUUAGAGCCCUACUUCAAUUGCAACGUUUCUAGUUAAGAAUUUUCGCUUGAUGCCAUUCAGCUUUAAUCCCCCUAACACUAUCCAUCGCCUUACUUCAGACUUUUUCCACUCCUUAUCUUGGUCCCUUUUCCACAUAGAGUACACUCAGAUAACAUUUUUGGUCCGUGUUUUCCCGGACGAUUGGGAGGGAGGGUCUGGUCCAUUCUCACCAUAUCGCUUGUAGACAUUCUGGGCUACUCUAAUCAUUCGUUGGUAGUUUGUCCUCAGGCCACGCUAUUCAUUGUGAAGCCAAGUUAUAAAUGUAGGACUGC